AUGGAAAAAUCCAGAGCCAUGGCUGUAAGACGCUGGGAAGUGGAGAAUACUGUAAGGUUUAGUAUUUUAUUUCCCAUAUUAAUAAUGGCCCCCAUUAGAGCAGAUCCAGAGACCACACUUUUGUCGUACCAAUGCAGUACCAGCCUCCCCAACAACGCAACCCUCUUUCAGCAAGUUUUGAACUCCGCCCUCGCAUCUGUGGUGAAAGAAGUUGCUCAAUCUGGAUUUGCUACAACAGACAAGGAGACAUCUACAGAGGCAACAACAGAUUCAGUAUACCUUCUGGUGCAGUGCAGGAAGGAUAAGUCCUCUGCCGAUUGCCUUAACUGCUUAAAGGUUGCAGAGAACCAAACUCGCAACUGCUCCGGUGUGUCCGCCACAGCAUACUACGACGGAUGUUAUCUGCGUUACGAGAGUUACAAUUUUUAUGAUCUAUACACUGAUAUCACACAAAAACCGAUUUGCGGUGAUGUCGACUCCGCAAAUCCCAGUUCAAUUUCGGCAACUGUUGGAAGUUUGAUAGGUGAUCUUUGCACUGCAACUCCUCGCCUAAAAGAUUAUUUUGCUGCGCAGACUAGACAAGGGCCGUCUAAUACCACUAUCUAUGGACUUGCCUUCUGUUUGCGUUCCCUAGUUCAAGAGGAUUCCUGCAAAAGUUGCCUCAAGAUUGCUCAGGGCAACAUAAAUAAGUGUUUUCCUCACUCCGAGGGACGCGCUAUAGACGCCGGCUGCUACUUGCGAUACAGUUCCGAACCCUUUUUCCCCAGCAAUGCGACUGUCGACUUGGCACGUUUCUUACCAACAGAGAAGUGGGCGAGUUCUCGAAAGUCGAUAAUAAUUGGUGUAGUGGGAGGGCGGAUAUUGAAGGAGCAACGGAACUCCGUGGGCCAGAAGAUUUUGAAUUUAAGAUACUAA